GUAGGGGAGAAAGACCCGCCAAGCUGGACCAGGCUGGCAGGAAGUCCAGCUCCCACAGUCGCGCUCGCUUCCGGCGUCACUUCCUGCGCGACUCCCUCCGCAGAAGAUGGCAGCGCUGAGCAAUGUCCGCUGGCUGACCCGAGCGGUGGUCGCCGCUCGGAACCCCGGGGCUUGGAGAGGUCUCCGAACAUCGGCAGCGGCUCACGCCGCUUCGCAGAGCCAGGCAGAAGAUGUGAAGGUUGAGGGUGCCUUUCCUGUGACCAUGUUGCCGGGAGACGGCGUGGGUCCAGAGCUCAUGCAUGCUGUCAAGGAAGUGUUCAAGGCUGCUGCUGUCCCAGUGGAAUUCAAGGAGCACCACCUGAGCGAGGUGCAGAAUAUGGCUUCUGAGGAGAAGUUGGAGCAGCUGCUGAGUUCCAUGAAGGAGAACAAAGUUGCUAUCAUUGGAAAGAUCUAUACGCCAAUGGAGUACAAGGGCGAACUAGCUUCCUAUGAUAUGCAGCUGAGGCGUAAGUUGGACUUGUUUGCCAACGUAGUCCAUGUGAAGUCGCUGCCUGGGUACGUGACUCGGCAUAACAAUCUGGACCUGGUAAUCAUUCGAGAACAGACAGAAGGGGAAUAUAGCUCUCUGGAACAUGAGAGUGCAAAGGGAGUCAUUGAGUGUCUGAAGAUUGUCACUCGAACCAAGUCUCAGAGGAUUGCAAAGUUUGCAUUUGACUAUGCCACCAAAAAAGGGCGGAGCAAGGUCACAGCUGUCCAUAAGGCCAAUAUCAUGAAACUUGGGGAUGGGUUGUUCUUGCAGUGCUGUGAGGAAGUUGCUGAACUGUACCCCAAAAUCAAAUUUGAGACAAUGAUCAUAGAUAAUUGCUGCAUGCAGCUGGUGCAGAAUCCUUACCAGUUUGAUGUGCUUGUGAUGCCCAAUCUUUAUGGGAACAUUAUUGACAAUCUGGCUGCUGGCCUUGUUGGAGGAGCUGGUGUGGUCCCUGGUGAGAGCUACAGUGCAGAGUAUGCAGUUUUUGAGACGGGUGCUCGGCACCCGUUUGCCCAGGCAGUGGGCAGGAAUAUAGCCAAUCCCACGGCCAUGCUGCUGUCAGCUUCCAACAUGCUUCGGCAUCUCAAUCUUGAAUACCACUCCAACAUGAUUGCAGAUGCAGUGAAGAAGGUGAUUAAGCUUGGCAAGGUACGGACUCGAGACAUGGGAGGCUACAGCACAACAACUGACUUCAUCAAGUCUGUCAUCGGCCAUCUGCACCCCCAUGGGGGCUAGAGCCCUAACUCCCUCCAACUCCUAAGGACAUCCCACCAGUUCAAUGGACCAAGGAAGAAAAACAUCUAGCAGUAGACCCUAAUUGUUUUUCUGGCAGAGGCUAGGUUGUCCUGGGGGCUGGUAUAGGGCACCUACACAGGGUGGGUGUUUGGGACUGGGUCCAGACCACAGGAUGAUGACAGCUUUUCCCUACAGGUUCGAACCUCAGAUAUGGGUGGUUAUGCCACUUGUCAUGACUUCACUGAAGCUGUCACUGCUGCCCUGUCAUAAAUCCUACAUGUGCACAUGUAAAAUAUUCAAUAAAACAACAUACACUCCU